GUCAAGCAGAGAGCGUGAGUCCACCAUGCCAACCAAGAACGUUGUUGACGAGCGGAUCUCCAAAUUCAAAAACAAGGGGAAAGACCCAGCAAAACUCAGAGAGAAACGCAUCUCUGUAUGCGUGGAGCUUCGCAAAGCUCACAAGAAUGAGAGUUUCCUGAAAAGAAGAAACCUAACGCUGUCGUCUCUCCCUGACGAGGAGGCGCUCUCUCCUGAUUACAUCUCCAACGAGAUGGUGGCCUUUUUACCCAUUGAGGACAUCAUUAAAGACGUGAACUCCGGCUGCAAGGACUCCCAAACCCGAGGCUGUCAGGCAGCCAGGAAGCUGCUGUCUCAGGAGCGUAACCCUCCCCUGAAGGAGAUCAUCGAUGCAGGGCUGCUGUCCCGCUUUGUGUCCUUCCUGUGUAUGGACGAUGAGCCAACUCUGCAGUUUGAAGCGGCUUGGGCCCUUACCAACAUCGCCUCUGGAACAUCAUGGCACACUCAACAGGUGGUGGAACAUGGGGCUGUUCCAGCUUUCAUCGCCUUGCUCGCCUCACCGAUGUUGCACAUCAGUGAACAAGCUGUCUGGGCUCUUGGAAAUAUAGCAGGUGAUGGGGCAGCUUAUCGAGACAUCCUGAUUGAGUGCAAUGUUAUCCCAGCCUUACUGGCCCGCAUCUCUCCAGACACACCAGUUGGCUACCUGCGUAACUUGACAUGGACAUUGUCCAACCUAUGUCGAAAUAAGAACCCGUUUCCACCCUUGUCAGCAGUCCAGCAUGUGCUACCUUCUCUGAUCCAGUUGCUCCAUCUCAGUGAUAAGGACAUCUUGUCUGACGCAUGCUGGGCAAUCUCCUACCUCUCGGAUGGUGACAAUGACCGUAUUGAUGUUGUAGUGAAAACUGGCAUUGUCUCUCGGCUGGUGGAGCUAAUGAGCCACGAGGAGCUCAGCGUCUUGACCCCAGCGCUCCGCUCAAUCGGGAACAUAGUGAGUGGCUCAGACCUGCAGACCCAGGCAGCAGUUGAUGGUGGAGUUUUGAAAGUCUUACCUCAACUGAUGAGGAACCCCAAGGCCAGUGUGCAAAAGGAGGCAGCGUGGGCAUUGUCCAACAUUGCUGCUGGGCCUUGUAGACAAAUCCAACAGCUCAUCACCUGUGGCCUGCUCCCCCCUCUGGUGGAACAGCUCAGAAAUGGAGACUUCAAAACGCAAAGGGAGGCAGUGUGGGCAGUGACAAAUUUCACCAGUGGGGGCACUGUGGAGCAGGUGGUCAAUCUGGUGCAGAGUGGAGCCCUGGAGGCAAUCAUUGACCUGUUGCAGGUCAAAGAUGCUAAAGUCAUUCUGGUCAUACUGGAAGCAAUCAAUAACAUUUUCAUGGCAGCAGAAAAGCUUGGUGAGACGGAGAAACUUAGCCUUUUGGUUGAAGAGCUGGGAGGCCUGGACCGCAUUGAGAUGCUGCAGAACCAUGACAACGAUACGGUGUACCAGGCUGCUCAUGCCCUGAUAGAGAAGUACUUUGGUGACGGUGAAGUUGUGGGAGUCAAGGUGGACGGUACAGAUGAGGCAUUUGUAUUUAAGACUACUGAUGUUCAGGGACCCUUUGAAUUUUAA